GCAAGGGGGGGAAAAGGGAGAAGAUGGCGGCGCUGGGGGAACCUGUGCGGCUGGAGAGGGAUAUUUGUAGAGCAAUUGAAUUAUUGGAAAAACUACAAAGAAGUGGAGAGGUACCGCCACAGAAACUUCAGGCUUUACAAAGAGUUCUUCAAAGCGAAUUCUGCAAUGCUGUAAGAGAGGUGUAUGAACAUGUCUAUGAGACUGUGGACAUCAGCAGCAGUCCAGAAGUCAGAGCUAAUGCCACUGCAAAGGCUACUGUUGCUGCAUUUGCUGCCAGUGAAGGACAUUCUCAUCCUAGAGUUGUUGAGCUACCCAAAACAGAAGAGGGCCUUGGAUUCAAUAUCAUGGGAGGCAAAGAACAAAACUCUCCAAUUUACAUAUCGCGAAUAAUUCCAGGUGGAAUUGCUGAUAGACAUGGAGGCCUCAAGCGAGGGGAUCAACUUCUUUCUGUUAAUGGAGUGAGUGUGGAAGGAGAACAUCACGAAAAAGCUGUAGAACUGCUGAAAGCAGCUCAAGGAAAGGUUAAAUUAGUGGUGCGAUAUACACCCAAAGUCUUAGAAGAAAUGGAGUCACGUUUUGAAAAAAUGAGAUCGGCCAAACGCAGGCAACAGACUUAAUGCAGUUCAAAACUUUACAUUCCAUUUUGCUUUUAGCUAGAGAAAUUUUACUUGUGACCUACUGAUGGCCGCAAUGCCAAUGAUUGUAAAAAAAACAGACACUUCCCGUGAAAUGAUCCUUGCCAUUUUAUAAAUGCCUAUUUUAACAUCAUUUAUGGUUCCAGAGAUGCAUAUACUUUUUUCUGACAAGAAAAAGUAAAAGGUGAUGAGGGCACUUCUGUCCUGCUCUUUUUACAGACUUUUCAAAUGCAGAUUUUGUCAUAAAGUUGUUAUAGAUUUUUAAAAAUGCUUUUUUAAUAUUAAGAUGUACUUUUACAUUCUUAAUCUUUUUUUAGGGAAAAAAGUUUUCUUCAUUUGGCUGCUUAUUUAAAAAUAACAGUUCUCCAAUUCUUUUUUUGCCUACUUUAUUUUUUUUUAACCUGUAAAAUUUCUUUACAGUUUUCCAAGAAACUAAACAUAAAUAAUUUGAGCUACAGCAUUUCAUUACACUGUCAGUGUUAACAUCACUGCUGCAUUUUCUACUUUGAACACACAUAUAUAAUCACUGGCAAAUCAUAACUCAGCACAGUGGAAGUUUUUUACUUUCAUUUAACAUAAUGUAUAAUGAAUAGUCAUUUAUACUGAUUUAUAAAAGUAAGUUUUUAAACACUGAAACAAUCAUUGCUAAAACAUAUGUAUUCUUUCAUAAUAUUUGAGCAGCAAGGCAAGAGGAUGUAAUUUGAUUUUUAGCGUUACAGAUUACAUCUCUUUAUAUUCAAUAGUUACCAAAUUACAAAUGCAAAAAAUAGGUUCAGGUUUCAUCUUUUACAAUUUUUUUUAAUGCUGUUCAUUUUUAUGUAAAUGUAUUUCUUAUAUUUUGGUCCUUCCAUUCCUAGAGAUGAGCCAGUCAGUUUGUGGUGGGAAGUAGCAGAAGCAAAAACGAGAAAGUAUUACUUUAACCUCACUAGCCUCAAGAGUUACACUCUUACUAGCUCAGUUUAAAGAAUUAAUUUUAAAUAGGAAGGUAUAGAAGGAUGUAUUGAAGAUAUAUAGAAAUUAUGAGGUAAUGUAUUCAUAAGAAUCUGCGGCCUCUUUGUCAGAAUGAGUAGGAACUUAACAAUAAAAUGGUUGAAUUUAGAGAUGUGAUCUUUGUUUAUGAUUCAAAUAUGAUGAAUUCUGAGAGAUACUUUCAUUUGUCCACUGAAUGUCACUGUUUUACUGAAAGGCAGCUAUUAGUGUAAGACUAUGACUGAGAUCUUUUUAAAGGCUGAAAUUAAGGAGUUGAGGUUCAUUUUUCAGUCACAACUUAUAGGAACAUUUGUAUGUUUUUUGUUUUUUUAAUUUUAAGUGACAGAUGCUAAAAAGAAGGUAAUGGUUAGAAAUAUGUAAGGAAUUUAGACCCUCUGUAAAAAAGUGGGCAUUUUGUAACAUUCUUUCAGGAUGACUAGAAAUGUAUGCCUUUUUCUGCAUGUUUGUGAGCACUGUGACUCUUAAAAGAUUAUUCCAGUGUUCAGUGAUUUUCAGAAUAAAAGUCAAUCAGCAUUGUUAUUUAUCAUUUAGGUAUUGAACACUGGAUUGCAUGGUUGAAUGUGUCUUUAGUCCACUAUAAAAUGUGCUUGUUAUUGAUAGGAUCAUGUUGUUAAAUUGUAUAUUUUCAGAAUUCAUUGUUGUUUUUAAAAUGUCGAGACCAAAGUAGUGUAGAAGAAUUACGGACUUAAUUUAAUUGUAAAAUUAUUAGAGGUAUUUGUUGUAGAGCUUUAUAUAUUAAAGAGAGGUAUUGGUGCAUAUAAAAACAGUAAUAUUGUUAUGCUCGUAUUCUUGCAUUACAGGGUAAGGAAACCCUGAAGAAGUCUUAUUUUAGUAUAGCUACAGCUGCAGUAGCUUUUAAGGGUGUGUCAACAUUUCAUUAUAAAUUAUAGCUUCCUGGUUCUGUAUCUCAGCUGUUUCAGAACUUGCAGCCAAAUUAAAUCUUUUUUGGUGUUGAAACUUAGUAAGUUGACUAAGCUGUUUUUUUUUUUUUCCUACAGUAAUCCACAAUCUGUUCUUUGUGUGGGUUGGCACUUAUUUAUAAUUCUUAAAAUAAAGAUAGCUUAAAGGAGCCAAAUACAGUAGUUUUGCUUGCUACUGUUGAGCAUGAGUAGCAGUAGUUUGUUUUCAUUAAUGCAGUUUUCGGUGUACCCCAGAAUUUUAAAUCCUGACCAUAGAAAAAUUCAAUCGUUCAGUGGCAAAGAUGUACAGUAGUGGUUUAGUAUAGUGAGGAAAUGAAGGGAUUUUUCAUUUUAUAAAUAAAUGUAUGAUUCAUGGACAUAAGUAGGAACAUAGUAAGUGUAUAAUAGGUAUUUGAUUUGUAAAUUAUAAAUAUAACUAUUCCCCCCCACCCCAGUUUCCAUUUAUUUUCUUGGUAUUUCAAAAUGUGGUGACUCAGUGAUUCUGAACCUUAGCUGCAUAUUAGAACACCCUGCAGAACUUUAAAAAAAUACUGAUUCCUGAGUCCCAUGCCACACCAACUAAAUCAGAAUUUCUGAGGGUAGGGCCUCAUCCUUUUUUUUUUUCCAGAGCUUUCUGCGUGGUUCUGAAGGACUUGUAGGAUUGAGAACCACUAAUUUUCCCCUUUAUAACAUGCUCUAAUUACACUGGACUAUAUUUGGAAGUAUCAGAAUAGAAUAAUUCAAUUUACAGCUACUGUUAAGUAGCAGCAAAUAUGAUGAUUGGUUAUAUUUCUUCAGGAAUAAAGGUACUUGGGGGGUGGCUGGUUAGCUCAGUUGGUUAGAGUGCGGUGCUAAUAAUACCAAGGUUGCUGGUUCAAUCCCCGCAUGGGCCACUGUGAGCUGUGCCCUCCCUAAAAAAAAAAAAAAAAAAAAAAAAAGGUACUUGGCGUUCCUUAUUUGGAAAGUAAUCACAGUCUACCUUUUUUCUUUUUUUUUAAAAUAAAAUCUGCCAGUAGGUUAAACGUGAGCUUUUAAUGUUUGUCAUCUUUUUGUCCGCUUUGCCUUUUUAAAACUUACAAAGAUAAAUGAUUAUUAUUUGAGGAAGCAUGUGUAAAAACUGCAGAUGAGAAAUAAUGUCAUUGAUAAUUAUAUGCUGUCUUACCUUGGCCACUUAUUAGCGUAAUAAUUAUAGUGGCCUGGUUCUUUGGGGGUUGGUAAUUCAGAUGUGUUUUUUAAAAAUCAUUGUCUUCUAAAUUUUUGAGAGUUAUUUUGUUCAAGUACUUAAGUAGUUUGGCUCAAGUACUUUGUUUACAAUUUAAAUGGAUAUUAUAGGAUUUAGUAGAUAAAAGAAAAUGGCUAUGGCUUAUCCGAAAAGAAUGUCAGCAUGACUUGGUGUGGACUUAAAAGAAUAACAUGUUGUGAAUAUUUUAUAAAAUGGAAUGAUUGUUGAAAUAUCAAGGACUCUAGUAAUUGUAUUUCCUGAAUAAAUGUAUGUUUAUGAAUUUUCUAACUUAUAUUUUGUUGUCUCCUCUGCUAACAAUCUGGUUUUAUAUUUUUCUUGUCCAAAAUUUCACUAACAGUGUUCUUUCAAUCAUUGCAGUUCUGUAAUGGUUAAAUAAUGGAAAAAAACAAAUUGCCUGCUCACUAAUUUUCAAGAACUUCCAAACUGAUUUGUAUCUGGACAUAGUUUUUUAAAAUACUAGCAGACAGUAUGCUUCUGUUUUAAUUCUUUUUCGAGAUAAAGAAAUAGAAUACCCAAAAUGGAUUUAACCCUUUUUCAAUGGGUGACUUCAUUUACCAACUUAAUUCUGAUUCUAAGGCUUAUUUAAAAUAAAUUUGUAUUACUUCUUGUUCUUUGGAUUUGG